GGGGGAAGGAGGAGGAAGGGAAGAGACAGCGAGAGAAGGGAGGGAAAGACAGACAUACUGCCAGACACUCUGGCCUUUGGGUGGAAGGAGCAGUGGCAGAAAGUGGUCAGAAAGGUGGGAGAGUCAAGCCAGCAGCUCACUGGAAGCCAAGGGACCAGGCUCUGUCCAGAAGGUUCAGGACAAAAACCAACUAAGCAAAAUGCUACAAGCCAGAAAGGGGGGGGUUGGGUGGGGGACAGGAGGUCGGGUUGGGGAUCUUUUCUCGCUGAGGAACAAUCCGGGACAAGCGGAGGCUCUUAAGGGGGGAGGGAGCCUGGAGGGGCUUGGAGGGCAGAGGAGGAGCCCGGAGGAAGGAAGGCUGAGGAGGCUCUUGGGGGAGGAUGGCUUAGUCUGGACAGGAAAAGGGCUGGAGCAAGAGGUUGAGAAGGGCUCUAGGAGGAGCUCUGGGCCCAGGACAGCUGCCCCCCAGCCAGAGACAGAGAUCCCUCGGGUUGGAUCACCGGCUUUGUGGCCCUCUCCCUAACUCCAUCAGGAUGAAACAGUUCCUGCCCCAGAGGGUUACCCAAAGGAAACAGAAAGCAUGCGGUCAGUUUGGGGAGGGAGUGGAGCUAGCUGCUCCUUGAAUCCCUGCGGGCUUCAUGGAGGCUGCGCUGAGCCUUGAAGGAGCCAGUCAGAGAUGCAAAAGUAAACUUCCAGACGCCGGUGUGUGCGGGGCCCCGGCGGAGCCCGGGCCGGGAGGAAGGAGGAGAAGGGGUGGCGGCGGCCGGGCUGGGCAGAGCGGAGCUCGCGAGGGCCCGGCUCGGGGAGACCUUGGGGGGCUUCUCGCCCUGCUUCCCCGCCUCGGCUUCGGCCGCGAACCCCGGGCGCCGCCGCCUCGGCUGCUUGGUCCCGCGUCUGCCCGGCUCCCGAGGCGUCCCCGCCGCCAGCCCGGACCCCCGAAAGUCCGGAGACUCCAGGCCCGGGGCAGUCCUGCAGUCCCGCCGCGGCCCGGGCGGCCAGAUCCCCAGGCGCCAGCACGGGUUCUCUGGGUGCUCCCCCUGACCUCCCCUUGCUCCUGGGCGGCCCCAUGGCUCAGCCCAUUCCAUCCCCUGGGGAGAAACGUCUCGGGCCACGUCCUCAUCCCUGACCCGGGACCCCCGCCCAGCCGCAGACAGUGGGCCUAAGGGCAGAGAGCCUGGGAUGGGGCCAGUGCUUGGCGGCCGCCCCACGACGGACGGACUGACCGACAUCAGCCAGGCUGCACCCUCUUGCCGGCCGAUGAGCUCACGGUUCUGCCCUUUGCCGGGCAGCUGUGGAGAGACGUGGUGCCACUGCCAGAGUCCGGGCUGGGCCCCCGACACCCCUCAGAGAGAAGGUGGAGGGAAGUCACAUGGGCAGGACCAGUGUGGAGAGAACUGGGCGUUGGGUGCCCGCGGAUGCCCAAGACUUCCAGGGCCGGUGUGAGCGGCCAACAGCCCAGCAUGGAGCCCGGCGUCCGGGGCACCGGGCAGAUGGCCUUCCUCAGCAAUCUGCUGGCGGCUUACUCCUUCAUCAGUGAGCACCCUGAGCGCGCGGCCCUGUGCUUCGUGUCCGGCGUGUGCGUGGGGCUCGUGCUCACGCUGGCCGCCUUGGUGCUGACCGUGUCCUGCCGCGCCGACUGCCGGCCGCGGCGCGGGAAGAAGGGCCCGGCCGGGCGCCGCGGCGGCAGCUGCGACCUCAGCGCCAGCGACAGCGAGGACAGCGGCGACAGCGGCGACGGCUGCUCCUCGGCCGGCUCCGCGCGCAGGCCCUGGCUCUUCGAGCGGCCGCCCCACAGGAACGUGUUCACGUCGGCCGAGGAGCUGGAGCGGGCGCAGCGGCUGGAGGAGAGGGAGCGCAUCAUCCGCGAGAUCUGGCUGAACGGGCAGCCCGACGGCCCCGGCCCGGCCACCCGCAGCCUGAACCGCUACUACUGAGGGGGGCGCGGGGAGAGCCGG